AUGGAGAUUUCUGAUGGCAACGUGCAAGAAUGGCCUGAUUCGGAUAGGUUGAAAGAAGCGCUUUCAUUGGCUAAGUUUGAUUAUUACUACACCAUGCCUGGUUUAAAGACAACUGUAACCUUACCUGAUUUAAUGGCCAAAACGCUAGAGCAGAAGCUUAACGAGACGGUCACUCGACCUUCAGUUCCCAAGGAUAUGAACGGAAUUCAUCUUCUCAUUGCCGAUGGACAUCUUCGAGCUGCCGUUAAUUUAACUGCUGAGCUGUUAACAGAAGUUAAUCAAGGGUUUGGGAUGGCCGGCCAGCCUUCGAACAAUACAGAGUACAGUUUCAAGGUAUGGGCGUGCCGUUUCCAAUUGCUUAUGGCUUUGAAACUGUAUACAUUAUUGAAUGACGAGUUGUUACCAUUCGAAGAAUUGGAUGCACCAGAUAUGUUCUAUCAGUACUACCCCAGUCUCUAUGCAGAAGGUCCCAAAGGAAGCUUGGUGCUAUUCAGUAUGCGCUUAAUUCAUGCCGAGGCAUUACGCUUCACUUCUAAUCCAUGGGCAGCUUUAGAAAGAAUUGACAGGCUAGAGAAAAGUGUUAACAAAAUUCUGGAUAAUUCAGCGAGCAGAAGCAAGUAUUUCUUCAAAAUAUGGGAGGACCGUUUGUUAGCCGUGCAAAAAAUGCGUGCUCGUAGUUUAUUUUUUCUAAAGGAGUAUUCAACAUCCAUGAUCCUAUAUAAUCGUUUGUCGAAAGCAGAUGGAUUGAGUUCUGAGCAACGAAUAGCUCUCAAGCUAAUGUUAAUGAGAAUGGCGGUGACUAUCGGUGAUCAAAAGAACUUAGAACAUUAUUCGAAUGAAAUCACUGCAUCAGCUUGUGACGAUCAAAUCUUACACAGGUGUUUGAAGUACAUAUUUCAUGGCAACUAUAACAAAGCUUACGAAACGUUGCAGAAAUAUCUUAACUCACUCGCUUCUUCUGAACUGUGCAACAACAUGGCGAUUUGUUUAUUGUACAAAGGACAAGUUUUUGAUGCAUUGGAAAUGUUAAAAAGCUUACCCGGCGAUCCAAACGAGCCAGUUACAAUCAAUUUGUCGAUCGCAGCCGAACUUUCGAUUUCGAAUCUUGCAGACGAGGAUUUGACAGCUUUUGCACAAAAACUUGAUCGGUUUUCGGAUAUGUUCGAUCCAGUGACGUUGAAAUUGAUGUCUUCAUAG